AUUUGGAAUAAAUACAUAGAAAUAUCAAAUAAUAAACAUUGCAAAAUAUUUUGCAUUUGUUUGGUUUUGCAAAAACUCUAGUUUGCAAUUGCAAUUUGGAUUUGGAUUUGGUGGGGAAAGAAGAGUUGCUUUGCAAAAGUGUUUGCAUUCUGUUCUAUUUUGGAAGGUGGUUUAUAUUUUUUUUCCCCCAAAAAGGGGGUUGCUCUUUUUUUUUCCUCUCCAAAGCGGAUCCACGUGGUUUAAUCCGAGACAGACAGAGGUCCCAUUGUUCCAAACCUAAAAAAAAGAAGAAGAGAAAGAGGCAGACAAAAAAAGAAAGGAGGAGGAGGGAAAGAAGAAGAAGGCAAGGCUGGAAAAGAAAUCAAAGAAGGAGGGAAAAAAAUACAAAAUAAUAUUUUGGAAAAAAUAAUAAUAAUAAGAUGUGGACCCAAUCUUAUUAGGGGAAAAAUUUACUAAUUUUUGCAAAAGAGGAAGAUCCUUGGAUUGCAAAGUGAGGCAAAGAAGAUACAAAGAAGGAGCUGCAGCAAUUGCAAACACAAAGAAGAAGACCUUUGGAAGAGUUCGCCGCAACUUCCCCUUGCGAGGGUCGUGAAGGAUGCCCCGGCGGAAGACGACGUCGGUGGAGGUGGCCUCCACGGCUUGGGACAGGGCCAGUUCGGGGAACGGGACGGGGGCCGCCCGCCGGCGCCCCGCUUCGGCUCGAGGCGGGGCUCCCCCGGCCAGGAAGAAGGCCGCCCGAGAUCUCGGCGGCGGAGGCAGCAGCAGUAGCAGCAACAACGGCGGAGAAGGGAGCAGCAGUGGAGACGAACGGGACGGCCUGGCCGCGACCCCCGUGACGGCCGGAGGGGCCAAGAAGGCCGGCCGGGGAGGGGCCGCGGGGCGAGGGGCCGGAGCGGACUCCCAGAACCAGCAGCAGCCCCACCACCCGGCGGCCGUGGUGGUCAACGAGCCCGAGCACAGCAAGGAGCGCAUUAAGCUGGAAGGCUCCAAAUUCAAGGGGCAGCUGUUGAUAUUCGGCGCGACCAACUGGGACUUGAUCGGACGCAAAGAAGUGCCUAAGCAGCAAGCCGCCUACCGCAACCUGGGCCAGAACCUGUGGGGUCCCCACCGGUACGGCUGCCUUUCCGGGGUCAAGGUCCGGACGGUGGUGUCGGGCCCUUGUUCUGCUCACAGCCUCCUCAUCACCUCCGAAGGCAAGCUCUGGAGCUGGGGGCGCAAUGACAAAGGCCAGCUUGGCCACGGAGACACCAAGCGAGUGGAUGCCCCAAAACCCGUCGACGUCCUGAGUAGCGAAACCAUCGUUUUGGCCGCUUGCGGACGAAACCACACACUGACCCUGACAGAGAAUGGAUCUGUGUUUGCCUUCGGAGAAAACAAGAUGGGACAACUGGGCCUCGGCAACCAAACCGACGCGGUUCCCAGCCCCACACAGAUCAUGUACAACGGUCAGCCAAUCACCAAGGUGGCCUGCGGGGCCGAAUUCAGCAUGGUCAUGGAUUGCAAGGGAAACCUCUAUUCGUUCGGAUGUCCUGAGUAUGGCCAGUUAGGGCACAACUCUGACGGGAAGUUCAUUGCCCGAGCGCAGAGGAUCGAGUUCGACUGCGAGCUGGUUCCCCGCCGUGUUGCCAUCUUUAUUGAGAAGACAAAAGAUGGCCAAAUCCUGCCCGUUCCAAAUGUCGUAGUGAGAGCUGUGGCCUGCGGGGCCAACCACACGCUCGUCUUGGACUCCCAAAAGCGCGUCUUUUCCUGGGGGUUCGGGGGAUAUGGGCGGCUGGGACACGCCGAACAAAGGGAUGAGAUGGUGCCGAGACUCGUGAAGCUGUUCGACUUCCCCGGACGCGGGGCCGCGCAAAUCUAUGCUGGUUACACCUGCUCCUUUGCCAUCAGUGAGACAGGUGGGUUGUUCUUCUGGGGGGCUACCAACACUUCCCGGGAUUCGACAAUGUACCCCAAAACCGUGCAGGACCUUUGCGGAUGGAAGAUUCGUAGCCUGGCUUGUGGGAAAAGCAGCGUUAUUGUGGCCGCGGAUGAGAGCACCAUCAGCUGGGGUCCGUCCCCGACUUUUGGGGAGCUGGGCUAUGGGGACCACAAGCCCAAGUCCUCGACGUCAGCGCAAGAGGUGAAGACCUUGGAUGGGAUCUAUGUAGAGCAGGUGGCCAUGGGCUACGCGCACUCCUUGGCCAUCGCCCGCGACGAGAGCGAAGCCGAGAGCGAAAGGGCCAAGAAGCUGCCCGAGUACAACCCGCGCACGCUUCUCUGACACAGACCCGCAAAACAAAAACGCCUCCGCAAAAUCCCGGACGAGGCGGCUGCCUCUUCCACCCGUCCGCCGGGACGCAGACAGAGAUUACGCCCACCCGCGUUGCGCUAGAUGGCCCCAGGUUUCGGUUUCUUUUCGUUAUACGUGGCUCCGAGUUUCCGCUCCUCCUCCUCCUUGUUUCCUUUGCGCACACUUUUGUGCUUGUCUUCUGUAUUCCGCGCUUUGUUUCGCGGGGAUCGAUUUCUCCUUCUUUCAGAAAGGCUUCCUUCCGGAGCCGUCACACUUUCCGUUUGGUUCCCCUUCAUUACCGGAGCCCAAAAGUAUUAUAUUCCGCCUUCCAAACAUUUAGAAACGGAUGCUGUUCCAAUUGUUCUUCACCCCAAAGCUUUGAGUAUCUCCUCCCGGAGCCAAACCUUUAUCUAUUAGUGUCUUUAUCAAUCAACACCAUCAGUAUAUCUAUAUCCCAAAUCCAUUGAGACCAAAACCAACUGGGAAUAGUGGUUCAGAAUUUGGUUUAUUUUUUCUUUCACGGAAUGUAUGUUUUGCCUUCUGAAAAUCCGAAAAAAAUUCCGCACACAUUAUGAAGUUUUCGGCAUAUUAAGAAGUUUUUGGCAUAUUACGAAGUUUUCGACAUCUUACGAAGCCAAAUCUUUUAUUACGGCUUUCUUUGUUUACAUCCCAGGAAUUAUUCCCUAUGUCUAUUGGGAAUAACGGCUGAUAACGCCAUGUUUUUAACAUUUCGUUUCACUCCCCAAAGUUUCCUCGCUGUUUUUAUUUUUGCGUAGACCUAUCAUGUCGAAAGGUGCGCAUUUUGCUUCGGUUCCUUCCUUCCUGGUCGUUUGCUGAAUCGGAUUUUCGGACCAUACCAUUCCUUUGCAACGGCCUUCUGCCAAGCUAUCCCUUGUGUUUUUAAUACGUUCAGAACUUUGCUGUAUCCUGGGAAUUGUUGGGUCUCGAAUUCCUUUUGUUUUGGUCGUCUCGAAGAAUAUUUUCCCGGACUUCCAAAAACCCCGGCGAGUAUCCUUUGCAUCCGUUCUGUGCCGCGUUUGAGAAAUUUGGUGCCUUGUGAACAUAAACAAACCCAUUUUCUGAAAAGAUAGAACUCUUCUUUCUCCCCUUUUUCUCUAUUUUUUUCCCCUUACGGUUGCAUGGGCAAAACCAUUGAUUUCGUUCCAUAUUUACACUCCCAAAGUCAUUAAUAUGGGAACGCUGGGUAUAGUUUAAAGGGGAUCUAGAAGGGGCCUGAAUUGCUGUGUAUAUUGCUUUAUUGUUUGCUCUCUUUUUGUUUUUAAGUCUGGGUCGAGGUUUAUACCCGUGCGGGUUUUGUUUCAUUUUUAUAUUCUUUACCGUUUUCGGCCGUUUGUCGCCCCGCUUCCCAACAUACCUAUUUGCCAAUUCAUUCCGAUCCUUAAAGAAGCCCUAAAUGGGGAUAAUUUAUUUGCCGGGAAGGACAUAACAAAAGGUUACAUUGUUUCACCAAAGAAAGUGUGCGCUUUGCGUUUUUUCCGGAGCCAAGAAACUUAAUUUGGACACAUUUUUGGGGCCGGCGUUCCAGAUCUCCGUCGCUUCUUUUCUCUGCGAAAAUGGAAUAAUUUUGGAUUUCUGCAAAAUCGGGGACGGAUUCCUCCUAGCCUAGUCCUAGCACUCCUCCUCCUUUCUCCCCUCCUGUUUCCUUUUUUUAUAUUUCUCUAAAUAAAAAGGUUUAAAUAAA